CCGUCGCCCUGUUCAUCUCUCUCUCUCUCUCACACACACAUCUCGACAUCCCCCCUUCUUUCUCUGCGGCGCAUCACUCGUUCCUUCUUCCCAAUCCUCUCUCUCGCUUACUUUCCGUCUUCGUGGAAAAGCGGACCGACUCUCGUUUCUUGUUGCUCAUCUCGGCUCUACGAAUUGAUAGACCUUGGCAACCCCAACGGAUUGAUUGACUUCUGACGUAUACAAACUACGGCGGCAUCACUCAGAACGAGAACGAUACGCAGUAUAGACAGCCUGAGAACGAGCCACUGCGGAACAAACAGGCUGAACCGUACUCGCGAUUGUGCAAGUUUGCCAGCUCAAUCGCUCAACACAUCGCACAACCCAUCGCUCACCCAACCAGCAGUGCACCUAGGUACCUACUUACCUGACCUACCUUGCCACCCCAGCCCCCCCCAAAACCCGCGCCAUCAGCCCAAGCACAUCCAACUAUCGAAACAUUCGGGCGAUUCCUGGACUACCUACAUUGGCCUUGCUUUGUCGCCGAUCAACGAUUACGUCCACGACUUGCAAGAAUCCCUCGCCCAUUGGCACUGCGAUUUCUUCAAGCCUCGCCCUAUUUUGCUGCAACUGCGCUGCAACCUUCAUCCAAUCUUCCUCAACCAUACGGGUCGUCCUAAAUCCGGUUCGCAUACCGUCUCGCAUCGGCUCAUCGUUACUGUUUCUUCGAUACGACUCGCGGUACCCUGGUCCCAAGUUGUGCAGGGAACAAGCUGGAGCGCAUAAGCCGUGCGCAUCUUGCUUCGGUAGGCGACACAGAAGCGACAGCCAGAUAGCAACUAGGACGGCGAAGGUUGGAAGGAAGACGGGGUUUGUGAGAAAGACAGAAAGACAGAAAGUGAGAGGAAAAAACAGAGCGACGCUCGCCCCUUGACCGGUUCAUCACUUGUGGUCUCGACCAAAGUCGGUCCAGACUGGGAUUGCCCGCAACCAUCCCGGGAAUUUUUGAGUUGCGGCAUCGCGCAAGCACAGGGAAGCAAGCAACAGGACGCAGCCACGCCGUGCUCAAGGAGAGCAACUGAGCAAAAGCCAUUGCACUGGCAACUUCCCUGCUUCUGCUUUGUUGUCACGCCCGCGCCUGACGUGGGUUCGCUGCCGCAGAAACAGAGAAAAGCCGGGUCGAAAAAAAACGGACGGCUUCCUCAUUGAUUCGCCGUCUCCCAAGGAACAACCCCCCCUCCCCCGGCUGGUCGACAGGGGUGCGCCCGCCUGCACAAUCCACAAAUCUUGCCCGGAGGUGCUUUCCUCCCAAUAACAACUCCUGUGAGUAUGACCUCUUGCCAAACCACCUGCAGCAGUCAGAUCCCAUCUUUUUGCCGCUGUUGUGGUUUCUUGACUUCACUUCCACCCCCAAUACCGCGGUUUUCUCCAUCUCUUGUCAUUUUGUUUUAAACUUCCAUAUCCUUACGAAUCGAGCCUGGAAUUGUCUGUCGCCUGUUUCAUACUCGCGACAGAUCAAGGCUGCUCCAUUUCGGAAAGGGACCAUGUCUCUCCCCGACAGGCCCGGAGCGAGCUCUCCUUUGGACAACAGAAAUGCGUACAGAAACUCCCCUUCGCGAAGGACCCGUCCUGGAGAUGUCGACGCCGACGGUUACUAUCCCGUAGGAGGGCGACCUCAACAUCAACAGAACCAACCUCUAUCCCCGACUUUCGAUGCUCCCGCUGCAGGACCCUCGACCGCCGACGAGCCCUUUCAGAGGAAGAGAAGCCUAAUCCGACCCGAGCGACGCAGAAUCGACAAGGACCACCCCAACUACUACUAUCGCCAACAUGCUGCCAACAUGAACGUUCUGCCCUCGGCCACUGGAAACGACCCGAUAGUCGAGGACAUGGAGGGCACCACGGAUGUGUCAGGACGCUCGCAGACGAACGAUAACUACUCGGAUGCCUCGCCACCGAGAGCAACAAACAGCAGGCAAAACAGCGGAGAGGAAAAGAAGGGCCCGACUCGAACCAAGACGAAGCGCUUGAGCCGCCACAAGUCCGGUAAGCUCACUAAGGAGGGCAAGCGAAAGCAACAGGUCGAGCAGAUUCGUCCCCCGAGUUUCUGGAAUGUCUACUGCGCAAUCAUCACAUUCUGGAUGCCAAACUUCAUGCUCAAGUGCUGCGGCAUGGCAUCCAAGGCCCAACAACGAGCUUGGAGGGAAAAGAUGGGCCUGGUUAGCAUCAUCCUGUUCAUCAUGGGCUUCGUUGGUUUCAUCACAUUUGGGUUUACUCAAGCGGUUUGCGGAACGCCUCCGCUCCGUCUCCAGGUCAACGAUGUGUCUGAAGGAUACAUGAUUUUCCAUGGAACCGCCUACGACCUGUCGGGUUCUCGCCACCCUCCGGCCGACGGUGUGCCCAUGAUCAACAGGACUCAUGGCGCGAACGUCUUGUACGACUUACCUGAGAAGAACGGUGGAAAGGACGGCAGUUUCUUGUUCCAAAACGUCAAUGGUCGAUGCAAGAACCUUAUCACGCUCGCCGACAAUUCGGAUGUGCCAACGAACAGCAAUGGCGAUCUGGCCUGGUACUUCCCUUGCACCGUCUUCAACCAGGACGGCUCGUCGAAACCCAACCUGACCAUCCCCUACUACCUUGGAUGGGCCUGCCAUACCACGCGUAAGAGCCGCGACACGUUUUAUCUUGACCUGAGCGGCGCCGCAGAUGUCUACUUUUCUUGGAAUGACAUCAAGAACAGCUCCCGCAACCUCAUCGUCUACUCGGGAACUGUUUUGGACCUCGACAUGCUCAACUGGUUUAAUACGAGCCAAGUGAAGGUACCCGAUCGCUUCAACGAGCUCAAGGACAAGAAUUCGGCCGUCAACCGUGCCAUCCGUGGACGCGACGUCACCAGAGCCUUUCAAGGCUCGGCGGAUAAGCAGAUAGCCGAGUGCUUUGAGGAGAUCAUCAAGGUCGGAUCCGUCGAUACUGAUACUGUCGGCUGUAUUGCCUCCAAGGUCGUUCUCUACUGCUCUCUCGUCCUCAUUUUGGCCGUUGUGUUGACGAGGUUCUUCCUUGCCGUCUUCUUCCAAUGGUUCAUCAGCCGGACAUACGCUGCCGCCAAAACGUCACAGAGCGGAGACAAGCGCAAGCGCAAUCGUCAAAUCGAGGACUGGUCCGAGGACAUCUACCGGGCACCCCCCAGACUCCCUGGUGAUAUUGGAAGCAGUGUUAAUGGCUCUUCUGACCGCACCAGUAAGCGUCAAAGCUCCUUCCUGCCCACGACUUCACGCUUCUCUACCGUUUAUGGAGCGGGCGCAGCGACACAGGCCGGUGGGAAGCGGAUGCCUACCACGAUGGCAAGCUCGGGUGCUGGCAGCAACAUGCUGCAUCCCAAUGCCAUGUACCGCCAGGGCAACGACAGCCGGACCAGUUUCCUCCGCUCAGAUCCCUACACCAGUAAUGUCAGCCCGACCGAAGGUCCUGGGCCGGCCGGUUUCAUUCAUGAGGCCGUCGUCCCUCAACCGCCUGCCGAUUGGAUGCCGUUUGGAUUCCCGCUUGCUCACACAAUGUGUCUGGUUACCGGUUACUCUGAAGGUGAACUUGGUAUCCGGACGACGCUCGACUCCAUCGCCAUGACCGACUACCCCAACAGCCACAAGGUCAUUGUCAUUAUUUGCGACGGUAUCAUCAAGGGCAAGGGUGAAACGAUGUCCACCCCAGACUACUGCUUGUCGAUGAUGAAGGACCAUACAAUCCCCCCCGAUGAGGUUGAGCCGUUCUCCUACGUGGCAGUUGCCAGCGGUUCCAAGAGACACAACAUGGCCAAGGUCUACUCUGGUUUCUAUGACUACGGCGCCAAAUCGGCCAUUCCGCUUGAGAAGCAGCAAAGGGUUCCUGUUCUUCUUGUGGUCAAGUGUGGCACGCCGGACGAGGCGACAAAGUCGAAGCCGGGUAACCGUGGCAAGCGUGACAGCCAGAUCAUUCUCAUGUCUUUCCUUCAAAAGGUCAUGUUCGACGAGCGUAUGACGGAGCUCGAGUAUGAGAUGUUCAACGGUCUUUGGAAGGUCACUGGCAUAUCGCCCGACUUCUACGAAAUCGUUCUCAUGGUCGACGCCGAUACCAAAGUCUUCCCCGAUAGUCUGACGCACAUGGUGUCGGCCAUGGUCAAGGACCCCGAGAUCAUGGGUCUUUGUGGCGAGACCAAGAUUGCCAACAAGCGCGACAGCUGGGUUACUGCCAUCCAGGUCUUCGAAUAUUUCAUCUCUCACCACUUGGCCAAGUCCUUCGAGUCCGUCUUUGGCGGUGUCACGUGUUUGCCCGGUUGUUUCUGCAUGUACCGUAUCAAGGCGCCCAAGGGAGCCCAGGACUACUGGGUUCCCAUCUUGGCCAACCCUGAUAUCGUCGAGCACUACUCCGAGAACGUCGUUGAUACCUUGCACAAGAAGAAUCUUUUGUUGCUCGGUGAGGACCGAUACCUGACAACUCUCAUGCUUCGCACCUUCCCUAAGCGCAAGCAAGUUUUUGUACCACAGGCUGUCUGCAAAACCACCGUGCCCGACUCCUUUGGUGUUCUGCUUUCGCAGCGUCGCCGCUGGAUCAACUCGACUAUCCACAACCUGAUGGAGCUGGUGCUGGUCCGUGAUCUCUGCGGUACCUUCUGCUUCAGUAUGCAAUUCGUGGUGUUCAUUGAGCUUAUGGGAACCCUUGUGCUGCCUGCCGCAAUUGCCUUCACCUUCUACGUCGUCAUCGUCUCCAUCGUUAAUCAGCCCCCGCAGAUCAUUCCCUUGAUCCUGCUGGGUCUCAUUCUUGGUCUCCCCGCCGUGCUCAUUGUCUUGACGGCGCACUCCUGGACCUACGUCUUGUGGAUGUUGAUUUACCUGGUAUCGCUUCCCAUCUGGAACUUUGUUCUUCCCACGUACGCGUUCUGGAAAUUCGACGACUUCUCGUGGGGUGAUACGAGAAAGACGGCGGGUGAGAAGACGAAGAAAGCCGGUCUCGAGUACGAGGGCGAGUUUGACAGCAGCAAGAUCACCAUGAAAAGAUGGGCUGAGUUCGAGCGCGAACGCCGGACGCGCACCAACUACUGGGGUUCCAAGGAGAACGUCGUCGGCGGGGGCAACACCUGGACGAUGCCCCCAAGUCAUCAGUACAACGACGAGUACUACUCUGACGCAUGAAGAGAAAAAACCACAUGGCCGGGCGUUCUUGUUUGAUGCAUGGGGAUACAACGGGUUUAUGACAGGCGCUAUCAUUGUGCCUACUUUAUUUCUGAUGAUGAACAAAACGGGGAAAGGGUGUUUGCGUAUAGUUGAGGCUCGGCACUUGUAAUAAUGGGAGGAGAAGCCGUGGGGUGGAUUGUGUCGAUGUCACCGUGUUUUCUGCCACAACCUGAUUAUUGUUCUCCAACUCCUCGUAGCUCCAGGCCUGCACUGUUUCUCCUUGGCUCUUGGUGAGGGCGGCUGUCGUGCACAUUGGCUUCAUAGCCGACCUUCCCACAGAGUGUCCGAAGUGAUAUCAGGCAACAGGCGCUUUGUGUGUAUAGGACGAGUAGUGCAUGUACUUUCCAGCGUUCUAGGGCGCAAAUCGACUUCCCACGCCCCCAAAACC